UAAUCGCAUAACCAAACUGGGAAACCGGUUUACUCCACAAUGAUUAAACCAGAGAGGUAUAUACAUAACGAUAAAAAAAAAACUGAGUACUUCUUACUUCAUUGUGUGAAAGAAUCAUAACGAUCGAACUCAAAAAGAUUCUCUCUCUUUCUGUUACAACGUCGCCGCCGUUUUGAUUCUCCGAUGGCCACCUCAAGCCAUCUCCUUCUCCUCUUUCUCAUCACCGCCAUCGUCUCAUCCUUCACCUCCGCCGCUUCUCCUCCGUAUCUCACGUCGCAAGAUCACCAACACGCCGACAGAAUCAUCGAAGCAAUGAUCGGAGCCGGGGAUUUCCGUGGCUGGGCUGCCGAUUUCCUCUCCGCCGUCGACGACCAGUUCGGUAUCCCUCUCUCCGCCACCAUUUUCAUCCCAAGCGACUUUGACUCCGCCGACGUCUCCUCCAACGGCGACAAUGCUACUCCACGUCGUCUCUCCGUCGCUUAUCACAUCGUACCUCAACGUCUCUCCUUCACCGACCUCCAAAUCUUGAAACCAGUCUCUCGUCUCCCGACUCUUCUCCCCGGAAACUCGAUCGUCGUCACUAACAACUCUGUUUCCGGUUAUACUCUCGACGGCGUUCUUGUCUCUGAACCGGAUCUUUUCAUCUCUUCUUCUGUUGCUAUUCACGGUGUUGCCUCGACGCUUGAUUUCUCACGUUAUGGCGGUUUUGGUGAAGAUGAUGAUACUACUUUUGCUGAUAGUCUCCGCCGUCGUGGUGGUGGUGGUCACGGCGACCUUGGUAACGGCGAUACCAAUCUAAGUCUAACCACCUCUGCUUCGUUGUUCACUGGACAUUACUCUGUUGGCUCGUUCUUGCUUCCAUUGGCGGCUCUGACUUGGUUCUGA